AUGUCGCCACUGCGAGCUACUGUGAACUGUGACAUGGGAGAGGGGUUUGCGCUCUACAUAAUUGGAGACGAUGAAGCACUGAUGAAGACUAUCCACCUUGCUAAUGUUGCCUGCGGGUUUCACGCUUCAGACUUCAACAUUAUGAACAAAACUGUUGCAUUGGCCAAGGCGAACAGCGUACUCGUCGGAGCUCAUCCAUCUCUACCCGACCCUCAGGGAUGGGGGCGCCGCGAGAUGGCCAUGGAACCGGAUGAGCUCGCGUCGUGUUUCAUCUACCAAGUGGGAGCGCUCCUUGGGUUUUUGCAAGUACAUGGAGUCCCGCUGAACCAUAUCAAACCCCAUGGCGCGGUCUAUGGUCAGACGGCUCGAGAUAUAGCACUAGCCCGGGCUGUGGUGGGCGUCGCGAAAACGUUCGGCGUGCCAUUCAUGGGGCUCGCAGGAACGUAUCAUCAGGUAGCUGCUGAAGAACUCAGCGUGCCAUUCAUUGCGGAAUGGUUUGCGGAUCUGGAGUAUAGCCCUGAAGGCAAACUAUUGAUCACAAAGAAGCAUGACCCAGUUCCUUUGGACGCAAUCCGGGCAAGGGUCUCAAAGAUGCUGACGGAAGGCCAAGUCACGACGAAGUCAGGCGGCUUCGUACCUCUGGGCACGGCUAUCUCCGAGGUGUCUAUCUGCUGCCACUCUGACACACCAGGUGCGGUUGAGAUUGCGCAGACCGUGAAGGCUAUGGUGGAUGACAGUAACGCGAAGCUGAGUGCGUGAUAUCCCGCAACCAGCGUUGGCUGUGUUAGGUGUCUGUGCGCGAAUGCUGCGCGUGUAUUUGUAUC